AACAUAACAGUUUAUCAUAGUGGUGAGACACAUCAUACAUGACUUUAUGUAUGUGAUAUUGGAUAUAUAGAUAAAGAUAAAACGCUUGAAACAUUAAAUAUAUCCAAAAUGUCGAACAGGAAACGCAGCAACAUGCAACCUGCACGACAGCAGUUACCUCCCAUUAUACCAGAGGACGAUGGACAGUUACCGUUCUUUAAACAGGAUUUUUUCUCCGAUGUUGCUCUCCUUGUAAGUACCGAUGAACCACCUGAUCAUCAAGGCUCCCGAAAGACUAAAACUGUGCUUUCCGGUGGCAGGAAACUUUACACAUCCCGUUGUAUUUUAGCAUACAACUCACCCGUCUUUGAGAAAAUGCUUGGCAACGCAAAGAAGCACGACCUUGACCUAUCACAAAAGAACGCAGACGAUAUAGUGGAGUUAAUGUGCUACCUUGACCCAAGGGUACCCUACACCAUAAAUGCACAGGCUGCCAAACAGCUACUUCCUCUCGCGGAGGAAUACAAGAUGUUAAGAUUGCAGCGUCUCUGUGAAAACGCUCUAUAUGCAGCAUACGAAAAGCUCAGAAAAGAAUAUCGGCUCGGACAUAUGCCUUCGGAAAUUAAUGAAGAAUAUUUGAUCAUGGCGGAUAGAUAUAAUUUCCAUGAAUUGUUGAUAAUGUGUGUGGAUGAACACGUCAACUGUUGUGCUUCAGACAUGACCAAGUCACUAGUACACUCGGAUGCAUUGUCUGAAGGUGUGAAAAUGAUGAUACUUCAAAAAACAUUGGCCAAACUAAACGUGGCCCUUGAGAAAGAAAGAAAAUACAAAUCAGAUGUUGAGUAUAAACUGGGAAACAUAUCACAAAGAAAAAAUUGGACUAAUAAAUUUGAGUUGUACUGACAUUGUUAUGUCAAUGAACUAAUUUGUUAAGGCCACUACGUAAGAAUAGUACUGUAGAUGUUUUGAGGAUUUUGUUGAUUUAUCAUUACAUACAUGAUUACUUUAUCUUCCAAGUUCUUUUCCCAAAGAGUUUGUUCUUCUAUCAGUAUGCAUGCAGUUUCUGUUAUAACAUGUUUGUUCAGUAACUGCUAGUAGUAUGUAGUCAUUAACUGUAUACAUGCCUUUGUUGUAAGCUGAUCAUAACGUCUGUAAAUAUUAUACGAAAUAAGGUUUUAUUAUCCCAGGGUUUUAUUUGUUUAGAUACUCCUAAAUUAUAUAUGUGAUUGUAUUCUGAGUAUAUAUGGUUUUGAAUAACUGGUAUGUUGUGUUGUGUAUUAUUCGUUAAACAUUAGCAUGUCUACAUGUAUUAACCAUUGAUUUCUUUCAUAAACACACUCUUUCUUCCUUGAAGAAUUUCUGUAUUGAAUACAAACUCAACAAUAGCGGUUAUGAAUUAGCUGAUCACCGAAGAUUUAAGUGAAAAUGGUUCAUCUGUUAAUGUUCAUAUGAUUUUGAAUUUAAACGUUAUUUAACUGGACAAAGGUUUAAAUAAAUCUGAGUCGCAACUGCGUUGUCUUUUUUUUCUUAUAUGCAUUUCAUUAAAAAUUGAAAUAUUGUUUGGAAGGAAGUGGUUUAUUGUUGUAAACCAUUAUUCAAAUUUCUUAUUUUGUAAAACAAUAAACUCUAGUCAUGCCUGCAUGCCUGUAAACAUUUAUAUAUGUCAGGUAUAUGAUGUCUAUAGCCACAU